GCAUCAUGUCCCGCCCCAUCUUCUCCGCGUUCCGUGCGGCCUUUCGGGCCGGCGGGGCGCCUUUGCGGCCGCGCACCAGCCCGCGGUCCGCCUUCAACUUCACCGCUGGGCUCGGCGCCGGCGCCGGCUUCACUUUUGGCUCGCGGCACGCAUCCACUGUCGUGAGCACGUCGAUGCGCUCAACACUCUUCCGACCCAUCACAAUCUUGCUUGCUUUCGCUCCGAUUCUCUGUGGAUAUCUGGGCGUGUGGCAGGUUCAACGACUCAAGUGGAAACUUGCUCUCAUCGACGAGAUCGACCACAACCUUACCAAGGCGCCGAUCGCCCUUCCCCCUCAUGUCAAUAUGUCCGCUCUGCCUGACUUUGCUUUCCGCCGAGUCCUCCUCAAGGGUCGUUUCCGUGGCCCGCCCAUUUUGCAGGGGCCGCAGACCCGCGAUGGCAUCGCUGGCUACCACCUGAUCGUGCCGUUCGACCGCAGCGCCGAGGGAGGGAGCACCGUGCUCGUGAACCAGGGCUUUAUCCUGACUGCUGAAGGCGACGCGAUCCGCGAGGGCCGCAAGCCCUGCCCCGGUCUCGGCGCCAACGGCGGGCCUGGCGACGAGGUGGUCAUCGAGGCGAUGCUUACGAAGAUUGAUCACGACGCCAAGUCAUACUUUGUCCCCGAGAACAAGCCCGAGCAGAACCGCUGGUUCUGGAAGGACAUUCCUGACAUGGCCGAGUGGGUUGGCGGCGAGGCGCGCGGCGUGCAGCCGGUGCUCGUUGAUGUGAUUGACCACGGAGACAGCGGCGUGCCCGCGUCCCUGCGCAUGGCGAAUGGCGUGCCCGUCGGGCGGCCCCCACAGAUCGAGUUGCGCAACCAGCACAUGACGUACGCCAUUACAUGGUUCUCGUUGUGCGCCGCGACGACCGUCAUGCUCGGCCUCGUCAUCCGUUCUGGACGCGCGAAGAAGAUUCCCAACCGCCGUCGCCCCUUCGGCCGCCCCUAAGCAUAAACGUCACGUCUGUACACUACAACUUGCAUGCACUAUUCACAACGCGGGAGAUGGGGUGUACCGACGGGGUGGGAGGAGAAAAGGGUGGAGGGUGGAGGAGGUUAACUGUCCCGACGAAGCGGAGGGUGAAAGAACUCUGACUGUGACCUCCGACAUGCACAACAGUUGCGUAGUUGCGUACCAAUCCGUUGCCAGGCCUUUGUCAAGGACGCGGUGUUGGGAAGCCUCUUCAAGAGUGACGGAGUCGGUGAUUUACGCCUGGAGGUCGGUCUGGGCAACGGCUCGUGAUGGACUGGACGUCAUCAAAGUGCUUCCG